UUUGCUGUGUUUAAAUAACUGCUCAAUACUUGGUUAUUUUCUGCGUGUACUUUAGUAUAACGAUUUUCCUGUUCUUCCUGAAUUCCGGAAAACUAGAACACAAACAUGUCAAAUACAUGCGGUAAUCAUGAUUUGGUAGCUCUAAAACUUGUAGCAAUAUACCAAAUUCACUGUGGGCAUUGAAGCAAUCUACGGGUGAUAAAAAAACUCAGUCAGCAGCAGAUUGAGACGGAAUUAGUCGUUUGCAGUUCACAUUAAGGUUGUGGUACAUCAGGUUUCGUAAUAUGACCGACGAGGCGGAAAUUGAAGUGCCCUCUGACUCACGCAUAGGCGGCGGCCUACUACGAAACCGCCCUUCGUCGAACAGGCGGGAUAGACCACCUGGCAUAUUAUUGAUUACUGAUAGAGAUCUACCACCUGUACCUUCAUCGCCUGUGGAUAAGGAUAAUUCCAUAAAGCGAAUAAAUCCUAUGUUUUCAAAAGAUGCACCUUAUAAGCAUGUAACACAUUCUGAACUUCAUGAUGCAAUACAGCGCCUGAAGCCUGUAAAACCAACAGAUGCUAAUGUUAAUGAGACUGAAGGUUCUCCAGGUCAAACCUCGCAGAAGGAUGACAUGGGUGACAAUAUUCAGACAAUGGUAGAUCAUCAACAGCCAGCAAAACUACCGGUAUUUAAUCAGAAACAGCCUAUGGUCAAUAUAUCUCUAACACCGCCGUGUUCAGAAAAAGGGACACAACGGAGUAAAGAAACGGAUGGAGUUGGAGAUGAAACCGAGAAUAAACAUUGUUCAUACCCACAUGGAAAGACCCCAAAGCUAGAAACCCAGGGAAGCAAAAUUUAUGAUACUCAUAUACCAAGAAAUGAAAACGAAAAAGGAAACAAAUCUUUCUGCAAUCAAACUGUCUCUGUCAACGUAGAGAAUCCCGAUAACUCUGACGCAAAUUACGAUACCGUUCAAGAGACAAGUAAUGAAAGUAUGUAUGCCACAAUAGCUGACGUCAUUAGACGAAAAGAGUCAAAGCCAUUUGUUCCCACACAGAAAAGUACGAAAUCUAAUAGUUUGCCAGAUAUAAUCGUACCAGAAUCCAUUUCGAAUAUAGAAACGUUAAGCGUUAAUGUUCCGAAGAAUCUGCCGUAUGUACCCAUGAUUUCUAAGACUCCUCUUCCUCUACCUCCACCUCCACGGAACGACCUCUCAGAUAUAAAUCUUCCCACCAUUGAAACAAAUUAUGACGAAUUAGCAUUUCGCUAUGAAGAUUUUUUGUCACAUAUCAAUCAUGAAUCCGAUCCUUUUAUUGCCAACUUUACACAAGACAAUUUCUCUGCUGCGCUCUUUAAAGAAGAAGGCGGAAUUUUGAACGUGAACGGUGCACACCUCACUAUACCAAACGGGGCAAUAAAGACCCCCACAGUUUUGUUUCUCUACUGUGCUGGCAACGACUGUGAAGAUAUCGAGCAACACGGAGGAUUAUCUAUGCAGUACCAGGUCAGCCCAGUUAUAAUAUGUGGCCCGAAGACUGCAUUCGAUGAGUGUAUUUUCUUAACGCUUAAUAAAUACGAAAUUGAUGAUAGUGAGUGGACUUGUUCGCCGCAGAGCAGAGGAUCGGACGAAACCAGCAAAUGGGCGCCAAUUAAAGAUUCGGACAUCUCCAUUCAGCAGGGAAAUCGAUGGGUUUACGCUCUUGAAAGCUUACGUGGCCUGACAGAAUUUAAGCUAGUUGGAUAUCCAAUACGUAGGGCUCAAGAUGAUUCUGACGGGAUGUACGACGUACCGAUCGAUCAUUACAUAACAGUGCAGAUGAGUGCAGUCAUCGAUGACUCGAAAAACACUGAAUUACUGACAAUCACAAUGAGGAAGGUAGCAAAAACUGACCCAACGAAUUCAACAAUUCAGAAAGAAACAACAUUCUUGCUUAGCCAACUUGGAGGGGAAUUUCUCUUAAUGAAGAUAUUUGGAGAAAAUGAGAAAAUUCAUAUAGGAAGCAUGAUAUGUGGUCGACAGUCAUUUAUAGAGUGUUCAUUCAAACUUCCGAGCACGGGACGUAGAAAUUUACCAAUCGAAUUACGACAGGAACUGAAAAAGAAAAGUUUCCAACUGAACAUCAUUCGUAAAGAUUCAUUGACAAACAAGCUGCAGGAUGGUGCUACUCAGUGGGUGAAAGAUAUUCGAAUUUUCUGCACGCUUUUAUCGCAAAAUCGUUUUAAAAAGAUAAAAGAAUGUGCUGAACCUGAUCACUGGGCUCAAUUCUGUAAGCUAGCUUUCCAAUUCAGUGAUGCACAGGCAGAUCAUUUCAGGAAACUUCCGUACUGUCGCUCCCUUGCUAUCAACCUCUACAUGGCCAUCAAUGACACUUGCGGUAAUACACUACAGGUCCUCACACCGCUUCGGAUAUUACUGGAAAAGGCUGACAUUUUCCAGGCCCCCAGUAUAGUGGAAGGUGAAAUUAAAGAACUCUUAUCUUUGUGUGAAACUUCGGACGGGUACAUCCCUGAGGAUUCAGGAAGCGAUGACAACGGGGACUACGAAAGUGACAAUGAAAUUGAUUCAAUGUAUGCAUCAAUCUUGGAGAGAAGAGCAUCGAUGCCAUGACUGGAAGCAAUGACAACGGGGACGGCGACAGUGACAAUAAAAUAAAAUGAACUCAAUUCGCAUCUGUCAUCGAAAGAAGAGCGUCGGUCGAUGCAUGACCAGAAGCCUGGAAUGACAACGGGGACGGCGAAGCAGACAAGAUUAACUAAGGGCUUUCCACUUCAUUGGUAGGCCUAUUAUACCAUGCCAUACACACCAACCGAUUUGGUAAUGCAUUUGAUUUAUACUGUGCUACUAUAUAUAUUCAGGUAUACUUUAUUCAAUAAAUGACAAUUGACCUACAAGCAGCCAAGGGCUGAAACCGUAGUCUCACAAAUAAAGUUACAGAGGCCUACUUAAAGCAUAAAAAGCACUACGAAAAAGAAAAAACAAGAACCACUUACAAGUUACAACAUAUUAUUUAAAAUUUUGGCAAUUGUAACAACAGGUGACCUUUUAAAUUGCUCGGAUUUGCCAAAAGGAUUCUCAAAUAAAGGGCGGGAUCGCAGGUCUAUACCAAGUUGGCGACAAGGAGAGGGCAUGUUACGAAAUAAAUCAGGCAAGAAGUUUCUUACCAAAAGACAACAAAUGAUCCCUCCUCGUCGACAGUGAUGGAAGACCAGCGAUCUCACACGAGUCAACGUAUCUACGAUCAGUUCCCAAAAUUAUUCUAAGGGCGCGCUUCUGAAUCCUUUCGAUGGCACGAGAUUUUUUUUUAUCAGUAAAGCCGAAUACUCACUGCGUCGUACGACCGUCGCACGACGAAUCCACAUUUGCUUACGGCGAGCGAUAGACGACGCAACGCCGUCUGUUCACUGUCAGUGUGGCAAUCUGAACGGAUCCUCAUUAAAAAGACGAUCCAUUGGGUCCGCGUCUUCGCGUGCGUUCUUCGUCGCGUUGCCGUCGCGUCGCUGUCGCACGCAGUGAGUAACCGGCUUAAGAUAACCAUGCCACACAGGACAUGCAUAUUGUAAUAAUAGUCUUAUAUAAGACACGUAAACACUAAUACGGUCAGUUACAGGAACAUUUGCUCUUUUAAGAAUGCAUAAUGCUCCUACGAUAUCGUCAGCAUGAAUAUUCCAUCUUUACUUAAAAAAUACUAGUCUUCUGAAGAGCAUAUUGCAAAGGUCGCUCAUAUAUUUGGUUUUGUGUUUUUUUGAUACUGUAUAAAUAUUUUUGCAAAGAUUAUUGUCAUACAUGUACAGACUUGUAAAGAGGUAGAAAAUUAUUAAGAAUACUUUCAUUCGUUGUCCACCAAUCUUUGAGGUAAAUAUCAUUAUGAAUUGUUUUAUGGAUUUCUGGGGUGCCCUGGGACGCACAUCAAUUUAAUGCUCAAUGAUUAACCUUGCUUCAGGGGUGGCGCCAGUAUUUGCCCGACGUGGGGGGGGGGCGAGGUCCCCGACGAAGGAUCAGAUUUCCCCGACGAAAGCAAAGUGAGCGUGGUCGACCUUAGAUUAAAAGGCUGGGGCAAAGUGGUCCUGGAGGAGAAGCCCCUGAAAAUUUAGGGGUUUCAAAGGCUUAUAAUCGAUUUUAUAGUCUACUAGUGGAAAAUAGGCUACAUAUAAUUUCUUUUUCUCACCGACGAAUUGUGCUUAUUCUCCCCGAGGGGGCGGGGGGAUUCGGAUUUUCACUAAAUGUUUCGUAUUUAGUAUUUAGUGAUUGUAAGGCGUCUUUAAAAAGCCAUGUAUAUAAAUAGGGCCAACCUAUUAAACACCGGGAAAUUUAGCCUACGCUAAUGAAACCUGCAAAAUUCCCACAUUAUUAGUCAUACAGUGCUGAAUUCUUCUAUCGUUUCUAGAAACUGUUGCACAUAGAUUGAAGCAACUUAGUUUUUAAGUAAAUUUUAAAUUUAUUUUUUUAGCAAUUUUAAGGGUCUUAUAAUGAAAGAGUAAAUAAUUGGUAGCCUAUUGUUUAUGCAUCUAUGGCAAGGAUAUGUUUUCCAGUUUAUGUUUUCAUUCUAAUUAUAUAUAUUAUAUUAUUGAAAUUUGAGCAUUUCAAAUAUUGAAAUACAGGAAAAGGUGAUUGAAAGUAGAUCACAAGCACUCAACACUGCCAAGAAUCAUCCGGGUUCUUUGGCGAUUGCACAAUUUUGACAGACAAGAGAUAAAUCGCACCUGUGCUUAAUAUUACGGGGGGUUUUUUUUAAAUGUUUUUUAAUAAUUACCUAUUCUUAAUAAUAGAUAAUAAUAAAUAAAUAAAUACUUAAUUUCAAGUUGACGCCUGUGUACUUUAGCAUUGGGAAUAAUGGAAAUAAAGAAGAAAUAUAA